UCAACAUCGAGUACAACUAACAGUUCAUCUUCGUUGCAUUUGCUCCAGAUGUAUGGCGCAGCAGGCAGCUCUCUGUACAACGAGCAAAGGCGAGUGACGUUUGAAGUCUUAGCAGCAGCUCUGCUCUCACGUCAUUGUGAAAUUGUGAAGGUGAAUAUGGCUAAGCAGAAACACGUAGUACGACAAGGGACGACAGAAGGUGGUGCACCGAUGUCACAAGGGCUCGAAGAUGUAGAUCUUCUUGCUGAUAUGAAGGGCAACAUUGAGGAGGUUGAAGGAAGAAGUAGAAGAGACGUGAGUCUGAAUCAAUAUGAAGACGUAGACGAGGAGCAAAGAGCAGAAGACGAUGACGUUGAAACUUCAUCCGUUGCAGCGGAUGACUUUCAGUCACCACCUGUAUCAGAUAAAGAAGACGCUGAUGACGGCACAACUUCUGCUUCAGGCGCGCCCACUCCUUCUUCCACGUCCAUGUUGUCUACAGCGGAGGGAGGUGAGGCUUCGUCAUCUACUGCAUCGGCAGGACAGACGAG